GUUCUCUUCAUUCUUUACUGGCGAUUUCACUCCCCCCCGCAAGCCUAAUUUCUUACCUUGCCUGCGGGCAGAAAGACGUAGAAGGCAAACCAAAUAACGUAUCAGUUUGGUUUUGGCAGGCGUAAACAAGCUUUGGCCGCAAAUUACGAGAUACCUGGGAAGAGCGAUCCUGUUUGUAAUGCUGGCGGUUGCUCUUGAUGAAGUAUGUGAAUCAUAAACAAAUUUUUCUGGUUGAAGAAGAUUGGUGUCUGCGUUUAUAGCAUUAUUCCAGGAAGCAUAAUUAAAAAAAAAAAACUGUAAUGCUAUAUUAUAUAUCAGGGUAAAAGCCAUUAAACUUUGUAAGCCGUGGAUCCAGUAUUUGAAAAUUUCAAGGGAAUGAAAAAUAAUCAUUGUUCAUUGACGAAAAGAACAUUCAUCAUUUAGGAAACGGCAUAUUUAUUCAGAUUUAAAUUUCGAAAGUGGUAGAUUUAGUUGUACUUUUAAUAACUGUUGGAAGUGGCAGAAUCUAGUUGUUGAAGUCAUUUACGGUAAUAUACUUGAGUGAUAAUAAAUGCCAGUUAAUUAUUGAAACUAGUAACAAUGAAUUUUGCUUAUGCUUUUAGACGGUUCUCUACAAAUAUUUCCCCCAAAAAGCUAUUUGUACGAUAUUAUAACAUUUCAGCUACAAGUCCUGUAAAUGAGCGAUGUGAAGUUCGUGUACUAAAUGCUUUGAAAGAUAAUUAUAUGUACAUUUUAAUGGAUAAAGAUUUAAAAAUUGCUGCCGCGGUUGAUCCUGUUGAACCAGCAAAAAUCUUAAAUACGAUUAAAGAAGAAAAUGUUGAAUUAAAAGCAGUACUUACAACUCAUCAUCAUUUUGAUCAUGCUGGAGGAAACAAAGUGAUUCAUGAUGUGCUGCCAGAUAUUCCAAUUUAUGGUGGGGAUGAUAGAAUUGAUUCAUUAACAAAAAAAUUAUCCCAUAAUGAAGAAUUUAAGAUAGGACCUAUAUUAAUCAAAUGUUUAUUAACACCAUGUCACACCAGUGGACAUGUAUGCUAUUUUAUUGAUUUGGAUAAUGAACCGAUAUGUUUUACUGGUGACACAUUAUUUAUAGCCGGUUGUGGUAGGUUUUUUGAAGGUUCUGCUAGUCAAAUGUUGCAUUCUCUGCAAUUAUUAGCUGCUUUACCUAAAUGUACCAGAGUAUAUUGUGGACAUGAAUAUACUUUAAGUAAUUUAAAAUUUUCUCUAGCAGUUGAGCCAGAUAAUACAGCAACAGUUAAUAAAAUGAAAACAGUAGAAGAAAAACUUGCCAAAUAUGAACCGUCAGUGCCAUCAACAAUAGGUGAAGAAUUGUCCUAUAACCCGUUUUUACGUGUAGACCAAGAGCAGUUACACAUAUACACAAAGAAGACAGAUCCUGUUGAUGUUAUGAGAGUACUUCGUGAUCUGAAAGACAAUUUUAAGAGUUGAUUUAUAUAUUUCAUUAUCAUGAACUCAAAACUGUAGGUUGCUUUUUCAUAUUUUGAAUAAUUUCAUUAUUUUCUUAUGUGCUGAAAACUGUAGAUUGUUUUAUUUUUGAAAGUUUCAUGUUUUGAAUAAUAAAGAAAAAAUAUAUGUAUAUUGUCAUAUUUUGAGUAAUUUCAUUAUAUUCUUAUGAUGUGCUCAAAACUGUAGAUUGUUUUAUUUUUGAAAGUUUCAUGUUUUGAAUAAUGAAGAAAAAAUAUAUGUAUAUGAUAAUUUGAGUAAUAAAGGUAGUAUUUUCAGAAUGCUAA